AUGGCAGCUCCCAGCAGGGAGGCGCAGGCAGUGGAAGCAGAGCGCAUCGCCCGAGGCCGUGCAAGCCAAGCCAAGGGGGAGAGCCUGACGCUGAGUGGGAGGGCAGCAGCGGACGGCAGCAACAGCUGGGAGAGCAUCUGCCGCAUGAUCCGCGAGCAGGAGGCUCGAUUCCGGCGCCUCAUGGGGCCGCAGCAGCAGCAGGGGGGUGGUGGGGAUGGGGGGAGGGCGGGCGGAGGGGGGGUUGGUGGGGGAGGGGAGAGGGGCGGAGGGUGCGGAGGAGGUGGAAGGGGAGGAGGGGGAGGAGGGGGAGGGGGGUCGGGAGCGGUGGGGAGUGGUGGUGUGCGAGGGGGUGUGAGGCUGAUGUGUACGUUGGAGGACACGGGGGUGGGGCUGCCAGACGCUGUGUUUGACGCUCUCGAAAAGCCCUUUCAACCGCUCUCCCUGCCGCUGCAGCAGCGCUUCGCCGCCGUCCCUCUGCUGCUGAACGUCGCUCAGAAUCUAGUGCAGGCCAUGCACGGCCAACUGCUCGUCUACAGCCGCCCCGGAAUCGGCUCAACAUUCACUUUCGACAUCUCGCUCGCCCAGCCGCCCACCGGCCCGGCCUCUAGCGCGCUGCCACGUGUCUUCCACGCGGGCUUCGGGCCAAUCCCGGACGAGCAGCAGGCAGAGAGCCUUGCGCUGAGAGGCAAGCUGAGGGGAUUGAGAUGCCUUGCAGUGGACGGUCGACCCGUGAGGCAGCAGGUCCUGGCCACGUGCAUGGCUCGUCUGGGCCUCAAGGUGGAUCUGUCAGACAGCGUCUCUGCUGCUGCCUUGGCUCUCAGACACGACGUCACCUCUCCUGCUGCCCCAGCUGCUGGUACUGGCAUGACUGUAACCUCUCAGCGCAAGAGCCGGUGGGAUGUGGUGGUGGUCGAUUUGGACAGUGACGGUCCCUCCACAGGCCUGGCGUUGGGCCGCAUGGUGCUGCAACUGAGGGACCUGGAGUCACAGCAUCGCGCCACUGACCCCGUCGCCAUCACGCAAUCUCUCGCCUCCCUUGGGUGGGAGCAGCACUCCAACUUGCCGCUGCUGGUGCUCGUUGCAAAGGACUCCAACGAGGCGCUGAGAGAGGAAGCACAGAAGCUGGGGUUUGCAGGCAUCAUGGUGAAACCGCUGAGGGCUGCUGAUAUGGCCACCACUCUCCUUGAGGCGCUCUCCUUCAACCCGCGGGACACCAGCGCCACGGCAGCAAGGCGGCGCCAGAUUCUGCUGCGCCUGUGCCUCAAGGGCAAGCACGUGAUGAUAGUGGAUCACAACUUCAUAAGUCGCAAGGCUGUGGCAGUCAUGCUCUCACGCUUUGCUGACGUGGCGCUGGCUCUCGGCUCCGCUAGCGACGCCCUCGCCCGCCUGCAUGCCGCCCCCUCCCUCACACUCUCCCAGGGGCAAGGGGGGGAGGGGCAGGGGGAAGGGCAGGGGCAGGCGCUGGGGCAGAUUCGUGGCUCGGAGUUUCACUUGGUCCUUGUCAACCUGCGCCUUGCUGACAUGUCCGGCUUUGCAUUCACACAAGCUGUAAGGCGCAUGGAGGAGCAGCGCUAUAACGAGGAUGUGGUGCGCAUGGGCAGUGCGGCCCAGCACUCGCACAUCCCCAUCGUGGGACUGGUCAACGACGCCCUGCCUGAACUGGUGGCCAAGUGGAAAGAGGCAGGUAUGGACGGAAUGCUCUCAAACCCCAUCGACGAGGCUCAACUUCUUACUGUGGUUACAAAGCUAUUCAAGCCUGCUGAUUCGCAUGGAUAA